GUGGCUUCAAGCAUCUGAACCCAGUGCUUGUCGGGAUUCCUAAAGGCGGAAGACUCAGUGAGGACAGUAAGACCACGUGAGAGAGGACCCGGCUUUUACAUAAUGGCAAGAAAUAAGAAUAGGACAGAAGUGAAAAAUUAUAAGAAAAAGAAGUUGACAGUAAGCACUUCCGAAGAAUCUCCAGCAAAAAAGAAGAAAAUGUCUCCCAAGGAUCCCGAGGACCCAGACGAUGCAUUGUCUAAGGUUGAAAGCCCCGAAAUGAAGGAUUUAGAGGAUCUCACUCCAGAGGAACAGAGAAAAAGAGAAAGGAAGCUAAAAAAGGAACGCAAGAAGGAGGAGAAGAGGUUGAAAAGAGAGAGUGCAAUCGAUGAUGAUGAUGAGGAGGAAAAGCCUUCCAAGCCGUCUGUGUGUGAGCUCUCCCUGCAAUAUUUAAAGAGCUGGUCUGAGAAACGAAAAGAUUGGAAAUUUCAGAAAACGAGACAAAUAUGGCUUCUCCAGAACAUGUAUGACCAAGAGAAGAUUUCAGAUGAUUACUUCCCUAUUCUCCUAGAGUACCUGGAAGGUCUUAAAGGCAGCGCCCGUGAUACUACUGUCAAACAAGCUGAGGACUUAAUGAAGGAAUAUGACAAGAGUGAGGCAAAGGCAGAGGCCGACGUGCAAAAGAUGUCAAGAAUUCGAGAAGUUCUACAGCUUCUGUCUUAGAGUUCUCCACAUUCCACAAUCUACAUUGGACAAAAGGACUUUCCACCGUAAAUAUCUGGCAAACAACAGCUACCACCGCUAAAGAACAACUCCCACCUUCGUUAACCAACCAAAGAUAUGUUAGGCUGCUGUAGAUCAUUAUUGAAUUUAUAACUGUGGUCUCUCUAGAAUCCUAAACUUGCUUUCAGAUUUCAAAACUAAAGCCUUUGUUGUAAUAGUAUACAAAGUCUAUCAAAUCUCCCAACGUGCUAUAAGAAGCAGUCCUUCAUUAUCAAGCCUUCCUUGCGAAACUGUAGAAAUUGUAAUUUGUUCAUUGCAAUUUCUGUAUUCUGUCUUCACAUCUACUUACCCCUCUAAUGAUAUACAACCUCCAACUUGGCCGUAGAUAUUUUUUUUACUACGAUGACCUCUGUGUGUUAUGUGAUCACCCUGCAUAAAGACAAAAGUAAGAACCCUAUUUAUCAAAGUGAACCUGAGCAAUUUCUAAGAGAGAGCAUUUAACCGACAUAUUUAAUUGUUUUUCGUGAUCUUUGCUCCUCCGUUACAAAUUUUCCUCAUUAUUGCUUCGUUUCGCUUUGUUGAAACUUUACCUUUAUUGCCAACAAAGCUUUCAGUGCACAAUCAUGUUAUCAACUUCUUUUGGAGUCAUGUGAGCAAGCAAGAUGGCUGCUCCUUGAUUGUUUGUUUGACAAGUUCUAUGUUAACAGGUUGUCACAAAGUAAAUGAAGUAGAAUUCUAUAGGAAAAGCAAUCCCUAAUUAUUUUACCAUCCUUGUAGCCCCUCUGUGUCAUCACCAGGUCUUAUUUUCUUAUCUAAACAAAACAAUAUCUGCAUAUUGUUUUCUAUCCAAUACGUAAUUGAUGUUGUUGAUUGCUGAACUCUGAGAACUUUAUCUCAAAAACUUUAGAUAUACCCAACUCCAUUUAUAGAUAAAGGCAAACUAGUACCCAUGACCACUUCA